UCCGAGGUGAGGCGUGCGAGGCAGCUGUGCCCCCCUAGCACGGACAGACGGACACACGCACAGACAGACGGACACACGCACAGACAGACGGACAUACGCACAGACAGACACACACACACGCGGACACACAGCGACACGCGCACCCGCCCUGCCCUGAGCUGCGAGCGGGUGCGAGCCCAGAGGCGAUCCUGGAGAACAACCUUUCCCUGUCGCUGUUGCCGGCUCCCGCAGGGCUGGACCCGGGGAGCUGCGUCGCGGAGCAAACUUCCCCCAAAGGGCUGAGCUCGCCAGCCUGGUGCCUGCAGCCGGAGCCGGCCUCCGGCUUGGCGGGCAGGGGCCAGGUGUCCUGGAACAAGUGCGGCCCGGGGGGAGACUGGCUGCCCGGCGGCAGGCAGAAGGUGUGCGAGCAGAUGGGCUCCGAUGUCCGAGACCUCAACGCGCUGCUGCCCUCCGUGCCCUCCCUGCCGGGCAACAGCAACUGCACCAUGCCGGUGAGCAGCGCGGCGCAGUGGGCUCCCGUCCUGGACUUCCCCCCGGGGGCCUCCUACGGCUCGCUGGGGCCGCACUCCUUCAUCAAGCAGGAGCCGAGCUGGAACGGGUCGGACCCGCACGAGGAGCAAUACCUGAGCGCCUUCACCGUCCACUUCUCCGGCCAGUUCACCGGCACGGCCGGGGCUUGCCGCUACGGGCCCUUCGGCGCCCCGCCGCCCAGCCAGCCGCCCUCCGGCCAGGCUAGGAUGUUCCCCAACGGGCCCUACCUGCCCAACUGCUUGGAGAGCCAGCAAGCGAUCCGCAACCAGGGUUACAGCACCGUGGCGUUUGACGGAACCCCGAGCUACGGCCACACGCCGUCUCACCACGCCGCUCAGUUUACAAACCACUCCUUCAAACACGAGGACCCCAUCAGCCAGCAGCCCUCGCUAGGGGACCAGCAGUACUCGGUGCCUCCCCCGGUGUACGGCUGUCACACCCCCACCGACAGCUGCACGGGCAGUCAGGCCCUGCUCCUCCGGACACCCUACAACAGUGACAAUUUAUAUCAAAUGACCUCACAGCUUGAAUGCAUGACAUGGAAUCAAAUGAACUUGGGAUCCACACUGAAAGGCCAUACAACAGGAUAUGAAAAUGAGAACCACAGUGCUCCCAUGUUAUACAGCUGUGGGGCCCAGUACAGAAUACACACCCAUGGAGUUUUUAGAGGCAUACAAGAUGUCCGACGGGUGCCAGGAGUAGCUCCAACUAUUGUCCGAUCAGCAAGUGAGACAAAUGAAAAACGUCCCUUCAUGUGUGCGUACCCUGGCUGUAACAAGCGAUACUUUAAGUUGUCCCAUUUGCAGAUGCACAGCAGAAAGCACACUGGUGAAAAGCCUUAUCAGUGUGAUUUUAAGGACUGUGAACGAAGAUUUUCUCGUUCAGACCAACUCAAACGGCACCAAAGACGACACACAGGUGUGAAGCCCUUCCAGUGUAAAACUUGUCAGAGAAAGUUCUCCAGAUCUGAUCAUCUGAAGACUCAUACCAGGACUCAUACAGUCUCUGUACAGAUGGACAAGCAGCCUGAAAAUCUUUUUCUCUCUGCUAAGGAUUCUUUUUUCUCUUCUGGACCAUAAAAGCCACAUAUUUAAGACUUUCAAAAAUAAAAAGAGAAAUUUUAAUAAAGGAGAUGAUUCACCUGAGAACAAUGGCAUUUUCUGUGGCACUGGCCAAAUAAAUGCUUCAGGUAAUGGCCAUAUCUGCACUUGCAAUCUGCAAAUGGUAAAGGGCAUGGCUGUGUUCCUGGGUUCUCCCCAUGGUUUCACGCUGAGCUGCAGGGCCUGGGUCUGCGUGUAUUUGCAUGAAGAAAGAUAUUUUCUUAAUCAGCAAGAGGUAACAAAAUGGCAAGCGGUUGUCACAUGCUAGCAAGCCAGGAUAAACUAUUCCCCAUCAGAUUUCAUUGCUAACUGAUCUGCUAAUUCAUGACUCCAGUAAUUUUUUAUCCUAGAUUAGCUAAAUCAGGAAAGAACUUGCUUUCUUUUUUCUGGUGAAACUCAUCUCCCUGUUCUAGUUCUUCCUUGCUCCAUGUGAUGCAAGCCCACACUGCACUCACUGCUGAAAGCAGCCUCACUUGGGCACCGAUAACCUCAUAGCACAAACCUCUGCGUGGGCUUGCUGCCUGCCACUGGCUCAGGUUCUGUGUGAGCUCUGCAGCCCAGCUGCGUGCUGCUGUGAUGAUGCUCCUGUCGGCGGUUUUGGAUGUGUCAUGCUCCUUUGACUGUAAAAUACACGUAUCCUGAGGGGAAUGAGCACGAGUGGUGGGUGGGGAUUUUUCGUCUCCAUCUUACCCUGUAGCUUCAUUCCUCUUUCUUUCUUGUACCCCCUAAAUUUUGCAACAAAACACCUAGCUCAAGUUAACUUGCUCCAUGUUAAAUCUUGAUGAAGCAAAGCACAGGCGACUUCCAUCUAAUUCCAUCCUAAUUUUAAGUCAACUGCCGAACUAUUUGUUAAGCUACAAAUUCAGGGUUUCUUUUCCCCACAAACAAUUUUACUGUGACAGCAAUCUUUGCUGUGAAAAGCAAAAAAUAAAUGAAAGGAAAACUCCACACCUCUAUAUACAUUUUUAGCAAUGGAAAUGUGAUUUCUGAUAUGUACAGUGAAGCUGUACACAGUAAUUUGUGCCCAGCCCAGAACUAACAGAGAUUGCUGCCCCCCGUUGCAAGAGGAAUUGCUUGUGAAACCAGAAAUUGCGUGUGAAACAGCAAAACUGCACUGCUUUUACUGUGGUAGUUCAGUGAAAAACUGGCCGGUAAUAGAUAACUCGCAUCAGUUCAGAGGAUGGUUUUGCUAAUGCUGCUGAGAUGAAAGAAGACCACUUUAUACAAUCUGUGAUUUUCGUUAGUAGCUCUGACCAGAUCAAUGUUGUCCCAUACUGUUUUAUGCACUCAUGUGAGAUAGUUGAUGCUUUUGCCAGCACGUAUGUUAAGUGGCUAAAGUAGACUUUAACCCCCUUUCCUUCCCCUAUAUAUAUAUUGUACGGGAUUUUGCAAACAGAAACACACAACAUUUAUGCCAGUCCCCGAUCUCCUUUUGCCUGAGUUUGGAUGUUUAUGAAAUGCACAAAGUGUGCGGCAAAGAAGAGGAGAAGAUGUCUGGGUGAGCUCGUACCACUCCAGUGGGUCUUGAGUUGGAGAGUACAAGGUGUGUAGACAGUACAGAAGAGCCCAGUCCCAGAGCUGAACCUAUUUUAAAAUAUUGCAUCUAUUUUGGGGGAAAAAAAAAAAGAAAAUGCAAUUCUAAAAGAAACAUGAAUCACUGGGCACUGCUCUGGGCUAACAAAAGCAUUCCAUCAGCAUUCCUGCGGCAUCAGAAACGUGGCCUGAAAUUCCACUUAAACAUUGUAGAAAAUCGAGGGACUAGAUUAAACUAAAGAGGUGAUGGCAUUUCUUCUUAAGAUUGAAUGUGCUUUACUUGCGGUCAUUUUUAGUGAAUGUUAUGCUCAUGGGAAUGUUAGAAAAAUACUGAAUAUUUUAAGCCUUUAACAUCUCCCAUAGAUGUGAAUCUACUUUAUUUAGACAGUAGUGGGAAACUUUCAGUCUGGCUCAGCAGACUUCAUGCUGAACUCUGUUUCUUCUGCCACAUUCACUUACACUCACCAGUUUCAAAGAACUUCAGCCAAAACUCAUAGAAUUAGCUGGAAAAACUCUCCUUGACUUGAGGUCAAGCUCUAAAUAGUCACUGACAAUUUUCACAGUGACUAGCAGUAUGUCUGCACCACAGUCCAAGGUGUGACUGAAGCUUGUACGAAUGCCAGUGACUUUUAAACUGGUUCAUUCGAGAGCUGAGAGUAGCAUAGACAUGGCAACAUGGGGUUCAGUAAGGGCCUGUCUUCAGGAAUGAACCACUGCAAAAUGUUCUACGUCAUCCGAAAAGGCUGUUGUUAAAGAUCAGCUGAGGGAGAUGUAAGAAAGCACGGAGCGCUGAUGUGAGCAGGAAUUGAGGGCACUCCCACAGCCUCUCAGGACAGCCCGGGAUGUCAUUCCUCCUGAUGGGGCCUCUGCCUAGCUCCUCACAACCCUGCAGAAAGCAAACGAAUAGCAGCGUCUCAGGCGAGCUGUAUCCCCAGUUAAUAACAGGGUGUUUUGUUAACAGGUGAAAAGCCUUUCAGUUGCCGGUGGCCCAGCUGUCAAAAAAAAUUUGCCAGGUCUGAUGAAUUAGUUCGUCAUCACAACAUGCACCAGAGGAACAUGACUAAACUGCAGUUGGCCCUUUAGACAGUUCAAACAAGUGAAUAAACCAGAUGGGACAUUAUGAGCUACUGCAAACUUUAUCAGCCAUCUUCGAUCACCUCUGUCAGAAAGCUGCAGCUGUCUUCGCAUCCCAUUUGACACAAGUUAACUAAACCGUAGGAUUCUGCUCAGCCUUGCCUUCCAUUUGGACUUACGUAAAUUCCUGUUCAAUAAGUUCAAGAGAUUUUUAUUUGUAAUUUUGUUUAAAAGUAAGCAAGAUUGCCACAGUUUCAAGAUUACUAUAAACUGUGCUUACCUUCCACAUCUGUAUCAACUUUUCUGGUUUUAUUUUCACUAAAAGUUUUCCAGGUACGUAUUGUUGUACCUUUUUAAGUCCCGCAGUGAGUAGGGUGAUUCCUCCCUGUUGAAGGUAAGCUUUACGCUUACAACAUCUGUGCGUGUGCUGAAGUUUCCAAACGCUAGUACAGCUAUCCUCACCAAAUGAGACUGAACACUCACCUGAGAUACUUUUGGUAAACUUUGUACUUGUACUGCCAAAGGGCAAGCUUUUAAAGUUGGAAGCUCUGCUUUUGAAUUUCACAAAUCAAACCUUUUUUUAAGGGAUGUAUUUCUCGAGCAGCUAAAGCUAGAUGAACCAGAGCUUCUCUGUACAGAAAAUGAGAAUCUUACCAUUAAGUUAACUUGUUUUUUAAAUAAUCACAUAAUUCCUCCCCCCCCAAACUGUUUUGUUUGUCAAAUAACUCUCUCCCUUUCUCUUUCUCUUUUUAAUGUAUUGGUUUAAAUUUAUUCUAUCAUGAGAUUCAUAGAUCUCCUUUACACAAAACUAAUUCCAAUCAUUGUAGACAUUUGGGAUUUGUUUACAAUGUAAAGCCACACUGGUUAUGUGGCUAGCAAGCUGUAUAAACUUAAAACUGAACUUUUAAUGGGGCUGGUCCAGGAUCUCCAUUAACAGAUUACUCUUAAGAUAAGUAACUUAAAAAGACUCUUUGUCAAGUAUAUGUGAAAAAGACAUUAUUAGUGUAAGGAAAUAUAUUGUUUCAGGGUUUUGGGAGGAGGGGUUUAUUAUUUACUUUUAAUUGCUUGAAAUUGUUUGUAUAUAUAUAUAUCUGAUAAUGUAUUGCUCUUAGACAUCUAAAAUUAGAAAGUGUAUAAAUAUUAGAUGCAUCACUGUUCUGAUGUUGUUGCUGUUACAAACUAUUGAUAACACUAAGAAUGUAACCUGCAUUUUUCACUGAGCUUUCAAUUAAAGCCCAUUCAAAGAGAAACAAA